CAAAGGCCACCACCACCGCCUUUCGCAGUCCAAGCAGCGUCCUCCACCUAGCCACCGCCCCCUCCACAGUGCUCCAGCAGCCCACCACCGCACAAACCGAGCCGGGAAGCUGCAGGAGAGGGAGGAGCUCGAGGAUGGCCGGCGCCGGGGGCGAGAGGUGGGUGGGGCUGGCGACGGACUUCUCCGAGGGGAGCCGCGCCGCCCUGCGGUGGGCGGCGGACAACCUGCUGCACGCCGGCGACCAGCUGCUGCUGCUGCACGUCAUCAAGGAGGCCGACUACGAGCAGAGCGAGGCCAUCCUCUGGGAAUCCACCGGCUCCCCGUUGAUUCCCCUCUCGGAGUUCUCUAAUCCUAUUACUGCCAAGAAAUAUGGGGCAAAGCCCGAUGCUGAAACCUUGGAUCUCCUCAACACCGUAGCCAGGGAGAAGGAGGUUAUGGUGGUUGUCAAAGUCCUCUGGGGAGAUCCCCGGGAGAAGCUAUGCCAGGCUAUCAACGAGAUGCCCUUGAGCUGCUUGGUCAUCGGAAGCAGAGGCUUGGGAAAGCUCAAGAGGGUGCUCCUGGGAAGCGUCAGCGACUACAUCGUGAAUAACGCGACCUGCCCUGUCACAGUCGUCAAGCCCAAGGACGGCUGAUCUUAUCAUCGAAAUGACCGAAUGUGUUGCUGUAAUAAGAGGAUGAUUGGCCUGUUGGAGAACAUGCACUAGAUUCCAGCUAGCUGAAACAUGUUGAACAGGCAGUUUUAUUGUAAUAAUAGGCAAAUGACCUUUUGAAGGACAUGGACAUGUAAUAGUUCUGUUUUCCUGAUUAGCUGAACCAUGCUUUUGUUUCUGUAUGAGUGAUGUUUGUAGCUUCGAAGGUCUGAAAAAUUGGGUCAUUAUCCUA